GAAGGAUUGUGUUACGAUUAAAAAAUUCUUUUUCGUAGAAUUAAGAUUUUAGCGUAAGUAUGUAUGUACAAUUUAUUCCACUGUAUAUUUUACGUUUUCAAUCCUCCAUAGUAAUCAAUAUAUUGAUGUAUCUGUUAGCAACAGAUGCCUAAAAAUGAUAUUGUCAAGAGCUAAACCGGUCUCUUCUGAGGGAGUGAAAAAAUCAGCAUCAGAGAAAAAGAUUCCUAAAUUAGAAGAGUUCUUGGAGAAGCGUGAUUAUACCGGUGCUUUAACGCUUUUAGAAUUCAACAAUGCUUCAGAGAACAAUUUAAGCUCUGAACUAUGGAUGGGUUAUUGUACUUUCCACCUGGGCGACUACAAACGUGCAGCAACGAUAUACGAAAAUUUGAGGAAGAAAGAUCAAGUUCCAACAUAUGUAUCCACAAAUUUAGCAUGUUGUUAUUUCUAUCUUGGAAUGUACCCUGAAUCGCAACAAAUUUUGGAGGAUGCUCCGUACAGUAAACUGAAGAAUAGACUAUUAUUCCAUUUAGCUCAUAAAAUGGGCAACGAACCAAAAUUAAUGGAGUACAAUCAUAUGCUGGAGGAUGUAAUCGAGGAUCAACUAUGUUUGGCAUCUAUUCAUUAUCUUAGAGCUCACUAUCAAGAGGCAAUUGAUGUAUAUAAAAAGAUUCUAUUAGAUAACAGGGAAUAUUUUGCAUUAAACGUGUAUGUUGCUUUGUGUUAUUACAAACUAGACUACUAUGAUGCAGCUCAAGAAGUUCUUCAAGUUUACUUGCAGAAGUAUCCUGACAGUGCAAUUGCAAUUAAUCUAAAAGCAUGCAAUCAUUUUCGACUGUACAAUGGUACAGCUGCACAGAAUGAAAUGAAGCAAUUACUAGAAAAAAUGUCCAAUUCCUUCAGCUUCAGUCAUGACUUGAUAAGACACAAUACAGUUGUAUUUAAAGGUGGAGAAGGUGCCUUACAGAUUCUACCGAAUUUAGUGGAUGUUAUACCAGAGGCUAGGCUCAAUUUAGUAAUAUAUUAUUUGAAACAAGACGACGUGCGAGAAGCGUUCGAAUUAAUUAAAGAUCUCGAGCCAGCUGUGCCACAAGAAUACAUCUUAAAAGGAAUAGUUAAUGCAGUGAUGGGACAAGAAACUAAUUCCCGUGACAAUAUAAAAACUGCACAACAGUAUUUUCAACUAGUGGGUUCCUCUGCAUCAGAGUGUGACACCAUACCUGGUAGACAAUGUAUGGCUUCUUGUUUCUUUCUAUACCGUCAAUUCGAAGAUGUCUUAGUAUAUCUAAGCUCCAUCAAGACAUACUUCUCUAACGAGGACAACUUUAAUUUUAAUUACGCCCAGGCACGAGCAGCAGCAGGUUACUUUAAGGAGGCUGAAGAGGCUUUCCAGAACGUUAGAAAUGAAAGAUACAAAAAUGAUUACAUCUAUAUCAGCCUCUUGGCACACUGCUAUAUAAUGAAUAAGAAACCACAACUGGCUUGGGAUUUGUACUUGAAAAUGGAUACCUCAACAGAGUCAUUUAAUCUAUUACAAUUAAUAGCGAAUGACUGUUACAAAGUUGGUGAAUUUUGGUAUGCUGCUAAAGCGUUUGAUAUGUUAGAACGUAUGGAUCCUAGUCCAGAAAAUUGGGAAGGGAAACGCGGUGCUUGUUGUGGAACGUUUCAGUAUAUUGUGGCUGAUAGACAACCAAAGGAGUUGUUACCCGAAAUCAUCCAACUUCUCAAGAAUACUUCUAAUUCACAAGUGGAGCAAAUUAUUCGAGUAAUGCGUAAAUGGGGUAAAGAUAACAGGAUUAAUUGCUGAUGAUGAAAAUCGAGAGGUUUUUGGCCGACGUUAUCGUUGCAUUAUCAAAAGUGUCCUUAUCGUACAGUAAAUAUUCGUACAGUAAAUACUAACGUGUUUGAUAUGUGUACACAAAUUAUGUGUAUGAAUUUUGAUAGAUAGACGUACGAGAAAUAUUUGCGUGUAAAAUUCUAUACGAAUGACAUUAACACGUACCGUUAAUGAUUUAAUAUAAAAUAGAUAUAUUUAAACUGUGAUACACUCAUUUUAUAAUAAUAAUAUAAUAAUAAUAUUAAUAAUCAUCGUAAUAGCAAUAAUAAUUAAAUUUUAACAAACACAAUCGGUGAAUUGUAAAAACACCAUAAUCAAUGGCAUACACCACAUACGCAUACUUGCACAUCUCCGAUCAAAGAUUCGACAUUCUUCGGAACAGAAUGGAUUUUUCGAAAAUUGCACGGGAUUAUAUUUCCUCGAUCAUUCGAUGCAAUUUUCUAAAAACAAUUCCGAUGGAAUGGCUUGCUGAAGUUCAGCGAAAGAAACGAAGGAC